AACUCUGGGAAGUGGCGGUCCGGAAUCUAGGCGACGGGGCGAGACCGGGCGAGACGGGGCCGGUAGGUGGCAGGAAAGGGCUGGGCCGGAGCUGGCGGGAGGGCCAGGCCCCGAGGCCCCCGCCCUGGCUUGCCCGCCCCUGCCGCGGAGGAGAAAACGGAGGAUGAUCUCCAGAUACACUCGGAAGGCCGUGCCACAGAGCGUGGAGCUGAAAGGAAUAACAAAGCACGCUCUUAACCAUCAUCCCCUUCCAGAGCAACUGGAUGACAUUUCCUCUACCAAUGACGGCCAUGAAAAAGAUACAAGUUCUCAAAGUGAGUCUGACAUCACCCAAGAGUCACCGUUUACAUCAACUGACACCGGGAACUCGCCGUCUGCUUUUCCAAGCUAUGCAGGCACAGGGAUCUCCACAGAAGGCAGCUCUGACUUCUCUUGGGGAUAUGGUGAACUUGACCAAAAUGCCACUGAGAAAGUGAAGGCCAUGUUCACCGCCAUCGAUGAGCUCCUGUAUGAGCAGAAGCCAAGUGUGCACACACACAGUCUGCAGAAAGAGUGCCAGCAGUGGGCAUCCAGCUUUCCUCACCUCAGGAUUCUAGGUAGGCAGAUAAUCACUUCAAGUGAAGGCUAUGGAUUGUACCCUCGAUCACCUUCUGCUGUGUCAACUUCCCAUGAAGCAACCUUGUCUCAAGAGAGAGACUCUACCAUAUUUGGUAUAAGGGGAAAGAAGUUACAUUUUUCAUCUUCUUAUGCUCAUAAAGUGUCUCCCACCACUAAACCCUCUGGCUUGUCCACUGCGGAAGGGGAAGAGGUGGACUGUAUAAUCUUUUCUGAAGGAAUAAUUGAGGAGUACCUGGCUUUCGACCACACAGAUGCGGAAGAGGGAUUUCAUGGAAACAAAUCAGAAGCAGCUACAGAGAAACAGAAAUUAGGGUACCCUCCCAUUGCUCCAUUUUACUGCAUGAAAGAGGAUGUCCUUGCUUAUGUUUUUGACAGCGUGUGGAGCAAGGUUGUGGGCUGUAUGGAGCAGUUGACACGUAGUCACUGGGAGGGAUUUGCUUCUGAUGAUGAGAGUAACAUUGAAAUUACCAGACUGGAUUCGGCAAGUCCCUGUGUGCUGAAUGAACAGCACCCCUUGGUUUUACCUCGAGUGCCGCAGUCCAAGGUGCUGUCCAUCACCUCAAAUCCGAUGAGUUUCUGUCAAGCAAGUGGUCACCAGCCAAACGUGAAUGGCCUCUUGGUUCACGGGAUGCCUCUACAGCCAAGGAACCUCUCCCUGAUGGAUAAGCUCCUAGAUCUUGAUGACAAGCUACUUAUGAGGCCUGGCUCCAGUUCCGUCCUUUCAAACCGAAAUUGGCCAAACCGAGCCCUGGACCUUAGUACGUCAUCUUUGUCAUAUACAGCACAGUCCGCCAGGAGACGCAACCCCCCGCCACGCACCCUUCAUCCAAUCAGCACAAACCACUCACGUGCUGGGACGCCAUGGCCUGCAGAAGAAAUCCUCAGAGGAUCCCGAGUUCCAGCGACUGCAGACACACUCUCUUCUCCCUCACCAAUGCCCCUGGGUCGGAACAAUCUGCUGCCACCUAUUGGAACAGCUGAAGUAGAACGUCUGAGCAACAUGGGGUCACAGAGGCCAACAAAAGUCCACGGUGACUCCAGCAGAGCUCGAAGUGCAGUGGUGGAUGAGCCUAACCAGCAGCCCCAAGAGAGGCUCCUUUUACCUGUCUUCUCUAGACCCAACACAACUCAGUCAUUUUUGGUCCUCAGUCACAUGGGUCUACAAAACCUCAAAGCAGAGGUGGACCCAUCUCUAGAACCAGGCAGUGACCAAAGGACAAGUGAGAACCCGCAAGGCUGCAGCAGACUGAGAACACAUGGAGGGCUUCAUGCACCAGUGCUCAGGCACCAGAUAAUGCACAGCUCCUACCAACAGCAGCUUGGUCCAUCUUCAAGGGUUAUCUUGGUACAACUGUCCGAGAAACACUAGCGUAUGUGCCAAAGACUGCAAGGGCAAGUGUUCCGUGUCCAGUUACUGUCUUCUUUCAGCUAUUCCACUGGGUAGGAGAGACUGUACCCAAAGACGUGACAAUGAAAAACAGCCCCAAAUCACUGCUCAUGUUGUCUGCAACCAAUCACCAGUCUGAUUCUUGUAAAGUUCAGUGAGAUUACAUACACACGGACGAUUCAGAUCACUGGCUUCAGAAUAUUUCUACUUAUAUUAAUUUCUAAAGAACUGCACUGUUUUACCAUAUUUUUAGAAGAAAGUACUGCCAAAAAUCUGAUACUCAUGAAAUAAAUGUCAUUCCUAAACUUUAA